AUAAGAGAAGUCACAUGGAGUGACUCUUUAGUCUUUACAGCUAGAAAGGGAUCGUUUUAGAAAUAUUUUGCAUCUCUUAAUUCCUCAUGUAACUACUGUUUUGUCCUACUAAUGAAUGAGACAAAUUAUCAUUAGUUAUAAAUGUAAUUAACAAUAUCUUUGAUUGCGACAAUUUAUACGAUGUAAUGCCGUGGCGGCUGUCUGAAUAGUCCUAGAAAUAUAUAAUUAGUGUAAGAUUUUUCCGCGUGAUUUAGGUAUAAAUACGAGGACAAGAUCAAUCAAAAUUGUAAACUCACAACCUCCUAAGUGUCGAAGACAAUCAAAAAAUUCCAAAGGAGAAGUUUUAAGAAGAGGGAACAAUGAAGACAAAGGUGGUUGUUAAUGUGUCAGUGAAUGGAGGUCAAUCUCGUCCAAGUAAUUGGAAGCGUAUUUUUUGUUGCCUGGUUCAAGACACUUCAUGCAAGGAUAAGGCCAUGACAAUUGCAGCAACUUUACCAGGGGUGGAGAAUGUAAGUUUAGAAGCAGCAAAUAACUUGUUGACAGUGAUAGGAGUGGGAAUAGACACUGUAGAGCUGGUGAAUAUACUUAGGAAGAAAGUUGGAUUUGCUACUGUUGUGAGUGUUGGUCCAGCGGAUGAAAAGAAGAAAGAAGACAAACCUGCUGAUGACGAGAAAAAACAGCCAGUUCCAGGAGUUUAUUGUUGUAAUAAUAAUCAAGUGCGCCCUAUGGUUGAGGUGUUUGAAAUUAGAGAUCCUUACUAUUACAACAACUCAUGCUAUCCUUGGUGAUAAACUCAGAUUAAAAUACGAAGAAUUAUAGUAUAUUAUGAAGGUAUGGUGAUUGGGUCAAAAAAAAUAGUAUAGAAAAAUUGAGAUUGAUUCCUUAUAAGCACAUUAAUUAUCGUCUUGUCAAUUGUGUUGGCUUGACAUCUAAUGUGUUGAACUUGUAGUGGUUCCUGGAGUGCUUACUUUUGUACUUAGCAGAGCUGAAAUUAAUUAAGUGUAAUACACAAUUUUCCCAAUUUGCUUC